UUUUCAUUUACAAAUUCAUACCCACAAUACAACACAAUAAAUGCCAUAUACGCCUUAUACAUUACAAUCUAUAUUACUACCAUCGACUUUUGAUAAUUCAACAGAGUUACAACAAAAAUCACUUUCACCUAGAUUAGUUAAUAAUUCAUUCUUCUCGACCAAAAGACCCGUUUCUCCAACUAACAAUGAAACAUUGAAUACAUUAAUUGAUAUAGAAUCUGUAGCUGCUUGGGAUAGUGAUCUUUAUUGCGGUACGCAUGAUGGACUUAUAUUACAUUAUUCACUAGAAGAUAAUAAGUCUUCACAGGAUAAAACAUUAGCAACUCAAUUAGAAAGUACAAUUAAUUUAGGUCUCGGUAAAAAACCUGUAGAGAAAAUUUUGCUAAUUCCUCAGGUUUCAAAAGCAGUUAUACUUUGCGGUAAGUAACUGAUAAAUGCUUUUACAUAAACGAUAUCGAC